ACUUUUUUUUAACUACUAUAUACGCUCUAGUCAGUUGAAAUAGAAAUAUGAUAACUGGUUAGAUCAAACGAAUUAAAAAUUGAACUGGAGUUUCGAAUAAUCAAGGUAGAGUUUUAGAGUUGAACCUUAAAACAAUCACACCAAAUAUUAUUUUUAUUAAUAACUAAACAACAUGUUGUUUUCGUUUUACAAUCUUUUUUCUCAGUAUAGCUUCUGCACUCACCGAAAUCAAACGUUAUAAAUUUUUUGUAAAGUAAAACUCUAAUCUGGAAUCAUAUGGCGUUUCUGAAAGUUGAUUUGUAACAAAAAAAAACAAUGAACAAUCAGUCAUUUAGUAAGAAGAAAAAACGCUACACGUCAGCAAUCCGCAUACUACACAGUUAACGAGAAGUAUGAAGAAAGGGCAAAUCGGUAAAAGCCCAGAGCAAGGAAUCAGGGUAAGACACUUGUCAUUAAUUAAGUGGCUGAUUCAAAAGAGUUUGUUAGAAGUGGCAAAUCCGUCAUUUUACACACUCUUGAACUUUAUUCCUUCUCUCUCAAGUCUCAACACGCUCUCUCUCCCUCUCAAACUCAAACUCUCUCACCACCACCAGAGAUCAAAUCUUCUGCAAUUUCGGUUCCCGUUAUCGUUUCUCGAGAAAUCUUCACUUUCGAUAGUUCGUCAACCGAGAAAUCAGAGCAGAGAGCGAUUCACAGGUUCGAUUACUUGAUCACGACGAGUCUUGUUUCGAUUGUUCAAAACAAGAUGAGUAUAAUAUGUGUUUAUCGAUUGUAAUAUGAGUAUCGAUUGUAUAAUAUGUGUAUAACAAGAUCACGAGAAAUCUAUGUUGAAAGAUGAUUCGAUUUUGAGAACUUAUUAUGAUUCUGAUUUUGUUUAGGUUUCGUGCUUGGAUUGGCUGAUCAUUCUGUUCCUUCAUCACUCCCAAGUUCACGAACGCAGGUUUCACUUUGUCGCAACUUUUUUCUUCUUUUUUUCGUUUGUUGAAAGAUGAUUCGUGACACGAAAUGAUUCGAUUUAGAAGUUGUUUAUAUAUAUAUAUAUAUAUAUGAUGUGUGUUCUCUUAUAGAAUCCAGAACUUGUUGUUCUGCCGCUUGCUUAGUAUCGGAUAGAUGAUCACCCGCUUCGUGUUUGUGUUUGACGGAUCUUCUGGUUGCGCUUAACUGUUUUUAGUCUUGUGGCUUUCUCAAAAAUCUUGAACCAUUGCUUUUUUUUUUCAGGAUCAAGGAUGGCUGAUGGUGUUCGUUUUCGUGGGUUAACAGAUCCUCUGUUCAAAGAUCCUCGGUACAAAAGGUUUUUUUGACUUACUGAUCGAAUUGGACCUUAACUAUCGAUGUGUUGUUGAAAAGUACAAUCAGGAGAAGGAGAAGGCAGCAAACAAUAUAUCAACUCAAAAACAAACUCUAUACCCCGAGAUGGAAGAAGAUGUUGUUGUCCCUGCAAGGUUCAGAGCCUUUUUGCACGAAAUUAACGAGUCUUAUGGAGCUGUUUAUCAAAAUUACAAAGAGGAACAGGCCAAGAACAUCAGCAAAGGAAAGCAGCAAAGAUCUUAUGCAGAGGUUGUUAUGUGUCCAGCUGCAGCUAAGGUGGUCGCAGGAAGCGGUAUAGUUGCAGCUCCUCCUCCUCAGCAGAAAACAGCCGUCUUGUCUGGUCCUCAUCAAGCAGCUCAUGCCCCAGCUAAAGUGGUCACAGGAAGUGGUAUAGUUGCAGCUCCUCCUCCUCAGCAGAAAACAGCUGUCUUGUCUGGUCCUCAUCAAGCAGUUCAUGCCCCAGCUAAGGUGGUCGCAGGAAGCGGUAUAGUUGCAGCUCCUCCUCCUCAGCAGAAAACAGCCGUCUUGUCUGGUCCUCAUCAAGCAGCUCAUGCCCCAGCUAAGAGAGUUCUUCCUCAGCAGCAGCAAAGAGCUGUCUCAUCUGGUAGCAAAGGAUUCAAGACGGAACCUAGGAGACCACAUCAGGUUACAGCUCCUCGUGCCCCAGCUAAGGGAGGUCUUCCUCAGCAGCAGCAAAGAGCCGGCUUGUCUGGUAGCAAAGGAUCCAAGACGGAACCUAGGAGACCACCUCAGGUUACAGCUCCUCGUGCCCCAGCUAAGGGAGGUCUUCCUCAGCAGCAGCAAAGAGCCGGCUUGUCUGGUAGCAAAGGAUCCAAGACGGAACCUAGGAGACCACCUCAGGUUACAGCUCCUCGUGCCCCAGAUGAGAAGGCUGCCGAGCAAACAUCAUCGAGCCUUUCUGGAUUGGACAAGAAAGUUAGUGGAGCACAAAAGGAGGCACCUUGCCCAUCAAAGAGCGAUGCCAUCUCUAGUCCUCAGCACGGGCACAGUGGGAAUGAACGUUCUGGUCCCUCUGAUGGUGAGUUGAUGAAAAAAAGGGGUAAGGAGAAGGUUGUGGAUGAUGAAGAAGAGCCUCCUCCAUCUGGACUACUUGAAGUCUCAAAGCAAGCAUCUGAUGGUUCUUCUGAAGCUGAAGCUGAGAUUAUUGUCAACGAGUUGAUGAGAAAAAAGGGUAAGGGGAAGGUUGUGGAUGAUGAAGAAGAGCAUCCUCCAUCUGGAUUACUUGAAGUCUCAAAGCAAGCAUCUGAUGGUCCUCACCGCAGUGAAGAAGCUCCUUCUGAAGUUGAAGCUAGUUCACCAGCAAAGGCCGAGCUCAAGAGAGAGCCAAAGGAACUGCAUUCCUCUCUUGAACUGGUCACAUGCGAUUUGAGCUCAGAUGAUAUGUGUGCACAGGUUCAGACACUACUCAAAGAAAACUUCUCGGACACUGCAACCUUUGAUUUAUCCAAAGAUUAUCUGAGGUGGGCCUUGCAGCCAUGGGGUUAUAAGAAGGAAUGGCAUAUGGGAAUCUGUUCCAAGCGCAACAAGAAGCUGCUUGGCUUUAUCAGUGGUGUCCCUAUCAAAAUCCAAAUAGGUGAGGAUGUGGUUGAAGCGGCAGAUUUAAAUUUUCUCUGUGUUCAGAAGGGUUUCAAGAAGUUCAGCUUUGGUUCUUUGGGUUCAUUCAUGAUCGAUGAGAUGAGAAGAAGGGUUGACCUGGAGGGUGUUAGCAAAGCUGUUUAUCUCACAGUUUCAGAGCGCUCUACACCAAGCAUCACCUGCCAACCAUGGUACAGGGCAUUGAAGGAAGAAAAACAACCACUACCUGCAGCAACAACACAAACACCUGGCUUAAGACCAAUGUUACCAUGUGAUGUCCCUGCUGUUACAAAACUUAUAAGAAGCUACCUUAGACAGUUUAGGGUUUCAUCUUACCUUGAAGAAGCAGACGUCACCCAUUGGCUUCUGCCACGGGAUAAGGUUGUGUACUCUUACGUCGUGGUCAACCCUUCCACUGAGUUUGUGACUGACUUCUUCAGUUUCUACGCUAGGAAAAAUUCUGAUUUGAAUGUAGCAUUCUCCUUUUAUCAUGUUGCUAGAGACACCUCCACCAAGACUCUCAUGAGCGAUGCCUUAGUAGUGGCAAAGGAAAGUGGAUUUGACUUCUUCGGCGCCUUGGACAUAAUGGGGGACAGAUCUUUCUUGAAGAAGAAGCUGAAGUUCGUUAAGGGAAAAACUCUUGCUUAUUACCAUUUUAGCAACUUCAAUCUUCCCCACCUGAAGCCACGAGAGAUUGGUGUCAACAUCAAAGCUACUUGA